ACUGUAACCUUCCUGCGAAUUAAACAAGAGAGAGAGUCUGAUAUGAGAGAAAUGUAUUAACAAAAUAAGAACAAAUGAAAUAUUUACCUUGUUAGCAGUAACAGGCAUGAGAAGGUCAUACAUUACAUGGUUUUUGUGAUAUCAAAGGUUUGAUAAAGAGAAAUAAGGCCAAUUUCAGAUGUUGGUUUUUGAAACCUGGAUAACAGACUUUCGUUAGUUUUACUGAUAGAACAAAGUCAUCAUGUUGCAGGAAAUCAUAGAGAAGAUGUACAUAGACCCAGACCUUCUGGAAGAACUAUCAGAUGAACAGAAGGCCAUUCUUUUCUAUAAAAUGAGACAGGAACAAGUGAGAAGAUGGAAACAAGAAGAAGAUAAGCGAGAGGCAGAGGAGAAAAGGAAACCAACAAAACCAUCUAAACCAGGUACAAAAAAUGUAUGCUUCAUGCAUGGAAAGGAUGGAAAAGAAUGGGUAUGGGUAAUGGGAGACCACAGAAAUGAUAGAACAAUAGUACAAAUAUUGGAUGAUGAAGCUCAGAGAAAUGCAGAUACACAGGCAGAUAUCGAAUUAGAAAAGCAAAGGAAAAAUGAAGAACAAGAAUUUCAAAGGAAAAUGGAAGAAGAACAAAGAAGACUAGAAAGAGAGAAGGCUGAACGAGAAGCAGAACUCAAGAGAAAAGAGGAGGAAGCUGCUUUAUAUGCCUCACUUAAAGAGGCUCGAGAGGCAGCAAAGAGGUUAGAGGAAGAAAAAAUGAGAUCUCAAGAAGAAGUCACAUUAAGAGUCAAUGACUUGAGACUUAACGGAGUAAAUGAUUGUCAACAAAUUAUUCAGAAAAAGUUUGCUCUGGAAAGACGUAAAUCAAUGGAGAGAGUAGAGACUAAUAAAAAGCGUAGAAGUAGUGAACUUUAUAUGAAAUGGAAACACAUGAGAGAUUCUAUAGACAAACAAGCAUUAGAAACGAGUAAAGAGGUAGAACCUAUAUGGAAAGAACAAGAAAAAAGAGCCAAAGAUGCAGAAGUACAGAUGAGACAGUUGGCACGAGAUGCCAGGGAGGAAGUCAGAAACUCUUUUAGGCAUGUGGCUCGAAAUUUGAAUGCAGUUUCUGCUUUUGCUUCAGGCAAAGAUAAACCUCCUUUACCUCCAAAAAAUUCAGAGAAAAUUAAAGCACAUAAAAGAAAGAGUAGACCACCAAGACCUCAGAAUAGAGAUGCAAUAAUUGCUUGGUUUCAUGAUGAAGAAAGAGAACGGAGUGCUGGUCUAGAUCCCCAAACUAAUAAACCUGCAGAAUGGUUUCAUGGUAUUAUUCCAAGAAUGGAUGCUGAGACUAUGCUAAUCAAUGAACCCACCGGUAGUUACUUAGUCCGAGUUAGUGAGAGAGUUUGGGGUUAUACGAUAUCUUACCGAGCAUCAGAUAGAUGUAAACACUUCCUUGUUGAUACAACAGAGAACGGAUACCAGUUCUUUGGAACAAAUCAAAUCAAACAUGAAACUUUAGCAGAUCUUAUCUUAUAUCAUGUGAAUCACCACAUAACUGUAGCAGGUAAAGAGAUGCUAAUAAAACCAAUAGGACAGAUUAAACCAAAACAACCAGAUUAUUACGAUCUAUUUAAAAACAGAAGAUCAGAGUCAACGUCAUUGUAACACAGCAUUAUAUUUUGUUAAUACCUUUCAAAUCACACAGCUCAUUACAUGUAAUUUUUUAGUCGAAAAAGCAUAAUAUAGCAUGCAAUAACUUUAUAUAGAGUCAGAGAUAGUUAUGACAGAUAAUUAAAGAAUUUGAUUAAAUUUUACAAUGGAAUUAUACAAGGAAACAGUAAAUCUGUAUUUACUAAACCAGUUUCAAACAUCAGAAUGAUAAUUUGAUAAAAAUGUAUAGGAAAAAAUCUUUACUUGUUUGUUUUGUAAGAAAAAGUCUUUUAAAAGCUUUAAAUUUGCCAUUAUAUGAUGUUUUUCAUAUAUUGCUGAUAAAUUUCACAUUGAAAUCAUAACUGAUUUCAUCUGUGUGCAUUCCAAUAACUAUAAAAUGUGUAAUUGAUAUUUUACGAUAAAAAAACAAGGUAUGUCCGGACAAUCAGGGUAAAUUGGUUGUAUAAAUAGCUAUACAAGUUUUUGAGUUGUGUGAUUUGAAGGGUUUGUUUUAGGUUCGGUUAGUGCUAUUAUUUGCUUUAUUAUCAGUUACGGUUGUAAACCUUUUGUUACAGAAUAUGCAUUCCCAUAUUGGGGAAAUCUUUUAGUUCAUUAUGUGAUACAUGUAAAUAUAUGCAACAGCUAUUUCAUAUUUGUAUAUCUAUGCAAAAUUCUGAUACCUGUGCAUUUCAUAAAUAGUUGAUUAUUCUUUUAAAAAAAGCCAUAGCUGUAUACCUGAGGUAAACAUAUCCAUAUUGAAGACCAUAUUUUGACCUAUUAUUGUUUACUUUUACAAAUUGCGACUUCGAUGGAGAGUUGUCUCACUGGCACUCAUAGCACAUCCUCUUAGUCUUAUAUCUACUUCUUAUACAAUAGGAUAUUACUUCUAAAUAGAUAUUAAUGGAAAGUUUGAUUUCAAACAUUGCUUUGAUUUUUUUUAUGCUUUUUGCGUAGAUUUUUUUUUUCUUUUUCUUUACAUUCAUAUAAUAGAAAAGACAGAAAGGAACUAGUUUAUUAAAGUUAUAGGAAUGAUUUAGAAUUGAAGGUGUUCUUCACAUUUCAAACUGUAGGUCAUUAAAUUGUGUAAAUAUCAGAAAAAUGAUGAUAAUGCAUUUUUUUAACUACAUGUACUUAAUUCUUGCUUAACAUAAGUUUAUGGUAAUUUUGGUAACCUUUUAACUCCAAUCAUAGAAUUCAAUAAGGGAAAUUGAUACUUUUUACAUAUCAUUAUAAUUUUGUGCAAUGGAAGCAAGUUUUGAGGUAAUCACUUGUAAUUUUUUCAAAACCUUUAUUCCUAAUAUUCAUAUAAACAGAUAAAAAAGCAGUUAACAACCUUAAAACUUUAUCAAGUGUUUUGUUAAACUUUGAUUGCUGAGACUAUACUAAACGAUACAGAUCAAAGAUACCACUUUUAUUGGGUUUUUCAUUAUUUUAACAUAAAACCAUCAAUACAAAAUUCUAUUUUUUCUGAAGACUUGGCAUGCCCAAACAAUAUUAUCUGAUAAUGCUGUUAAAAAAUGCUUCAUUUCACUUGUAGAAAAUAGAUAUUUUUAUAUUCAUAUUGUUAAAAUCAUUUUAUAAAUUUUGUAAUGUACUUAAUAAUUUUGUAUGAUAUUUUUUUACUGUGCAAUACAAAACUGAGUUAGUGAUAGUAUUAUAUAUUUCUGUCAGGAUUUUGUAAAAUAUUUUAUCCACCUAUUGCUAUUUUUCGUCAUAGAUUGUACAUGUUAAAACAGGAUUGACAGUGAUUCAGAUUUUUAUGAUAUUUGUAAGAUUGAAUAAUAAUUUUUUAUUGUCACUUUGAAGUUUGAUCUUGUUUGAAGAAAAUAUGUAUCUAUGAUUGAGGUUAAUGGUCAGUAAAUGUCACAGAUUUCCUGAAAGCUUUGGCUUGUUGAUCUAUUGAAAAGUGUAAUUUCAUGAUAUUAAAACAAUAUUUUAGAUGAUGUCAACAUUUUAAAACGAUUUUGCUAUGUUUCUAACCAUUUCAAUUAAGAUUUGAAUUCGGGGAUUGUUACUUUGUUCAUGCUUAUUGCAUCAUGUUUAAAAUUAUUUUUGUAAAAAAUAGCUGAUACAAGAAUCUCACAAUAAGCAUUCAUUUUAUUGUACAGAUUAUUAUUGUAUUUUCAUAUUUGUAAAUACAUUAUGAAUUAUUUGUUCAAAAUGCAUUAUGUAUUUAGCAGAAAAAUAAAACAAUUAAUGAAUAUAGUGUAAGGGCUUUUCUAGUGCUAAAGGAUAUCAGACAAUUUAUUUAUAAUAGUCUUAAAAAAAUACAUACUUCUGUAUAUUUGCUUUAAAGAACCACUAUAACAAACACACUAUUUUCAAAUAAGUAUUAUACUGUCAGACUUGCUUUCUAACUAGGAAAAGUUUGUUCUUAUGUUAUCUCAUAAAGUCAAGUCUAAGAUCUAUUGAAAAAUAAUAAAGAUUAAUAAGGAUGUGGAGAAUUAUUUUGGUAUUUUG